AUGCCUACCACAUGCACACUGCCGUGCACGGACAGUAAUGUGCGCGCCACAGUGUACGGACCAGGACCCCAAGUGUACUCAUUGUCCACAAUAUACGAGUUAAAUCGCCACCUGAGGAUUCAUACAGAUGAAAAGUCAUACAACUGUACAGAGUGUGAAAAAUGUUUUAAAUCAAUAUCUGAUUUAAGUGUACACCAGAGAAUUCAUACUGGUGAGAAGCCUUACCAGUGUACACAUUGUGGGAAGUGCUUGUCCACAAAGUAUCUAUUAAAUUGCCACUGAAGAAUUCAUACAGGUGAAAAGCCAUACAAAUGUACACAAUGUGAGAAGUGUUUUAAUACAAAAGCUUAUAUAAAUACAAAAGCUUAUAUAAUAUAUACACACUUGACAAUUCAUACAGCUGAAAAGCCCUACAAGUGUACUCAUUGUGGGAAGUGCUUUUCCCAAAUGUGUCAUUUAAGUCUCCACCUGAGAAUUCACACAGGUGAGAAGCCAUGCAAGUGUGCACAGUGUGAGAAAUGUUUUUCCUCAAUAUAUAGUUUAAAUAGCCACCAGAUAAUUCAUACAGGUGUAAAACCAUACAAUUGUACCCAGUGUGGGAAGUGCUUUACCACUGUAACUCAUUUAAACAGCCACCAGAGAAUUCAUACAGGAGAAAAGCCUUUCAAGUGUACACAGCGUGAGAAGUGUAUAAAAAGGAUUUUACUUCUCACACAGAUCACCCAAUAUGGAUUUAAAUCCUGACAGUCUGCACUUUCAACUAAUAUUUAUUGUUUUA